AUGAUGGCGGUGACAGUGGAGCAGACCACGGCAGACACGACGACGGCACAAGCAAAGUCGCACAGAGGACGCCGUCAAAGCAGGAGCAAGAAGUCAGACCCUUUCCUGGACCUGUCAGAUGAUGCUCUCAAGCUUCCCGAGCAGCCAUCUCCGAGCAGUCGUGACCAAAACGGACCCGCCAAUGUCGAAUCGCUCCUUGCAGACCUUGUGCUCACCCCGCUCAACGUAAUAUCUUUCAUUGUGUCCCUGUUCGUGGUUGAGCGACAACAGCGCCAAUGGCGUCUGUCACAGCAUGCACCACCGCAAGAGUCGUCUGCGUGGUCUCAAUUCGGGAUGCAGGAUCCUGAACCAUACCAAGAAGCACGAGGUACAACCUGGCAUCCUCGUCUGAGCUGGAGGCGGCGCAAGGUCGCUAAAGCCGAAUUGGCCAACGUAUUUGAGAUGAGAGGGCGAGUUGUCGUGGCGCUUGUCACAUGGACUUUCGUGGGCUUUGUAGGCAUCGCAUAUGCCGCGCGGAGGAUGUAUCAAUGGGUGUUCUGA